GGAGGGGAGCGGAGCGCUUGCUCAGUGUUUAUUAAUUUUACGUGUCAAACCGGGAAAGUUAACUGGUUAAAAAAGAGUAGGGGACAAUUAACAUUUUGUUAAAGAGUUUUCAAAUUAGACAUUGAGGGCUUGUAGGAAAAGGAUGUGACUGCCUAGGACCCACGUAUGACAUUCCUUAUAAGGAGUAGAAGAAAAUAGGAAGCAGGGAUGUGAAACAUAUUCCAUUAUUCUGAAUGUGAACAACAGAGAUUUAUUUUGUGUUUGUGUGACCUUGAACUCUGACAUUAAUAAUCAUGUCACCUUGUGAACUUUUGACAUUUUUACUAAUUGGCAGUAUUUGUCUUGCAUCAUUAGUGGAUGGUCAAAAGAAGAACAAACCCCCAAGAUGGAAACCCAAGUCCAGACCAUUCAAUGGGGAUAACAUCAUUGCCAAAUCAUCAGGGAGUAAUAUCAAAAUUAGUUGUCCAGCUUACGGGUACCCUAAGCCAAAAAUAACAUGGUACAAAGAGGAGAACCUGUUUGAUGCUAGCCAGAGACCAAAGACAAAGGCCAGACACUUUGCCCUGAGUCUUAAUGAUGUACAGACAUCAGACAGUGGGAAGUACAAAUGUGUGGUCCAAAAUUCCGAGGGCAGCAUAGAAUUCACCUUCAUUGUCGAUGUUAUACGAACCUCGUGGCCACUAGAGUUGGAGGAGCCACGAAAUGCCACAGUAAUGGAGGGAGAGAGGGUGGUGUUCCGGUGCCGUGCCUUGAAUGACCCAGAUGCCACCACUCAGUGGAUAAAGCGGGACACUGAAGUUGGUGAUUCAGGUGGAUCCAAUAAAGAUUUUCUUCCAAGCAAUGGACCAGAAAUCGUUAUUGAAAAUGCUAGUCCAGAAGAUGCAGGAAAAUACACUUGUAUGGUAGGAAAUUAUAUUGGAAUAAAGUCAGUUGAUGUCUGGUUAACAGUAAGACAGACCACCACAACAACCACUACUACCACCACAACAAAACCACCAACCACCACCACCACCACAACAACAACCACCACAACCACCACUCCAACAACAACCACCACCACCAGAAGACCAACAACUACCACAACAACAACGACACCACGACCAACAACUGUAAAUACUCUGAUACAAUUCCCAUACCUACCAGAUACCACAGAUGAUGAGGACCUGGAGGGAGGAAGUGGAAAUGAUAUGGAAAAGGAGAAGAAGAAGAAAAAAAAGAAGAAGAAGAACAAAAAGAAGAAGAAGAAAAACAAGAAGAAGAAAAAGAAGGAACGCCAGAGGGAGCGAGAACGAAAGCAGCAACAGCGGGAAAAAAAACGCAAGGAGGAGCUAGAUCGCACGAACAAGGAGGACCGAAUGGAAGAUAACAGAGAUAUUGGCAACUUCCCAGAUUUCAACAAUCCUGACAUCUAUAACAACAACCAAGGUGUUAUUGUGCCAGAUUUCCGUUUCCCGUCCACAACUCCACCAUCAGAGGAAGACAAUAUUUUCGUAAAUUCUGGAAAUCCUGACAACGACAGACUCCCCAUUAAUAGGGAUACAUUUCAGGAUUUCCCAGCAGGGACACAACAGCAUUCUGAGGAGGAAGAGGGAAUGAGUGCAUGGACGAUUUACAUUAUUGUGGGUCUGGUGGCAGGUGGUGUCCUCCUUGUAGGGCUGGUGGCGAUUGUGGUGGCACUCUGUUGUAAUCGUAUUGAGGACCGAAAUGGGUACAAACACACAUCAGUGUGAACAGACAUUGAGCCCUCGUCCUCGUUUUAUAUGUUGCAAUGCAUUUUGAGGACAAUGACAAAAUUUUUAAUUACAUUUUAAAUGGUUGCCAUUUGCUACGUACAAGAUAGCAAUUGUGAAAUGGUAUAUUCACACAGCUGAACAGUGAUGACACUGAAAUGAGAGGGCAGCAUUAAAUCUUGAAGUAAAUACCAUUUUGGUGACUACAUCCUAUGAAACUGCAAUGAAAGUUUCUUUGUGAACACAAACAUUAAUAAGAAACUUUAAAAAUGUUAAUAUAGUAUGAACACUGCCACAACGAAACAGUUUUUCAACUGACAUGUGUAUGUGUAAUUACAUAUAUGUAACACAUCAUAAAUGAUAGUCAUAUUUAGUAUUGAUAUGUGUUUAUGAAAAGUUCAUUGUUGAUAUUUUUGUCUUUUAUUGUAUAUUUCACUUGGUGCAUGUUAUGUGUACAUUCUGGUCAGUGUGCAAUAUGGUUUGAUAUUGUAAGUUUCUUGUCUCGAGACAUUUCUGUAUUAAUUAUGUUAGUACAAUAGUAAUUGUUUCUUUACAUUUUAUAGCAUCCCUCAAAAUGUAUGGAUGUUAAUUCUUAAUAUUGUAUAUAUAUUUUCUGCCCUUGCUGGAAGGACAGUCACCUAUCUACUUUAUUUGAAUUUUAUUAACUAAUGUUAAAAACUUCUUUUUUUUUUUUAAUUCAUAAGUCACUUAUCGUACAUUUACCAACAAUCUGUGUAUGUGUUUUAUAUAUUUGACCAGUUACUUUAAUGGUGCUGUUGUGUCAUUUACAUGCAGGUAAAUGCUUUAAAUUUGAGUAUCUUUUUCAUACUCCAGUGAGUGUAUUUAUUGUCCAUUUUGAAUUAUCCUUCUCUCAGAAUCACCCAAUUAAUGUAAUUAUUUAAACCUCUUGAAGAACAAAUGAUAUCUUCAUUAAGUAAAGAAACAUACUUUAAUUGUUUGAAUAUCAAAAUCCUUUAGAUUCAUUUUGGAUCCUAAUACAUGAUGAAGUAAGAUCUUUCAAUUAAAAGAACUAGUCUAUUGGGUUUUUUUCCCCACUGAUUUUUUUACCAAGAAUUUCAUAUAAUGCAUAGGAAAAAUUUCUUUUCUUAAAUUUCUCACAAAGUCAAUGUAUGAUGUAACUAUUUAUUAAAAAAACGUAUGAUGUACCUGUAUUCAAAAAGAUGUCAAGGAAACUAAAAUAAUAUCCUGUUAAGUCUUAAGUCCCAUACAGUUCACAAAAUCAGGAACCAUUUAUAAUAAAAAUCACAUUAAGUUUGUCUCUUGAAAUGUAUUUAUUUGAUGCAUGUCUCUUUUUGUAAUUAUUUUGUGAAUAUUCUGAAUAUUAGCCUCAUUUUGACAUAGUACAUGUAAGUAUACUCAAUAUAUUGUAGAUAUACUCAUCAGAGGUGAUGAGAUUUGAUCCUUUAGAAGGAUAUCUUUUACAUCUACGAGUACAUUGUUUAAAUUUGUAAUCUUUACAGGGAAAAGUAGGCCAGACUAGGUAUAUUCUGCAUGUGUAUCACAAAACCAUAAAGCAAUCUCAGAUUCCAACUUGCAUUUUUACCAUUCAACAUGUUCAAGGUAUUGAAAAGUUUACAAUGGUUUAUUAGGCAUAUUGUGUGCAUAUGCCAUUUCUUAAAACUAUCAGUAAUGAUAAUUUCAAAAUUGUUUGAACAUUUUAUACUACUUGUAUUCUAGGGAGAAAAAAAAAAUUAUUCUCGUAGAUGUGAAUCAAAGAAUUUACUUUCAAUGGCUAUAAGAAGAAUAGUGUUUUAUAUACAAAUUACAUUUAAGUUAAUAGGGUUUUUUAAUUUUUAAGGGAAAAUUACCUAUUUUCACUAAAGGCAAUUUUACUGUAAUAAUUGAAUGUUUUAAACAAAAUACAAAUGCAAUAUAUGCAAGUUUGGUAUACCAUGUGGGGCACAAAAUUUGAGACAAAUUAUAUUGAAGAUGAAAACUUUAAAGGAAACAUAAUUUCUUUCCUUGUUUGAGUUCUCUCCCAUAGCAGAGGGUCAUUUGUCCGUAAGUAUAUCAACAUGUAAAGGAAAUAUGUAAAAAUGAAGAAAACGUACUGGUCAGAUGUUGUUUGAGUAGUUCAGAAGUCCGGUGUUUCCUUAUAAUAUUUUACAAACUAUUGAUAUUAACAUGCAUAUACUCAUUUCAAUAAUCUGUAUUGGGUCAAAAGAAUUUAUAGUAUGGCAUUGUUGUUCAGUAUUCAUGUUGAAUAUAUUACACUGUAGUCAAUGUAUAGUUCAAAAAUGAGAUCAUCAAUUUAAGUCCUUUAAGUUUUGUUUGUAGUUUACAUUUUUAGUCAAUAAAGUAUCCAUUUAUAAGUACCCUGAA